AUGCCGGCGGCAGCGGGUGACGGGCUGCCGGCGGACCCGUCGGUGCCGGGCGGCGGGGAGGCGCGGCGGGCGGCGGGCGCGGAGAGCAGCCUGUUGGCCGCCUGGCUGAGCGCGGCGGCGCCGCGGGAGCGGCUGCGGGACUUCCAGCACACCAAGAGGGUCGGCAACUACCUGAUCGGCAGGAAGCUGGGGGAGGGCUCCUUCGCCAAGGUCCGAGAGGGGCUGCACGUGCUCACCGGAGAGAAGGUGGCAGUGAAAGUAAUCGACAAGAAAAGAGCCAAAAAGGACACCUAUGUCACCAAGAAUCUGCGACGGGAAGGUCAGAUCCAGCAAAUGAUCCGCCACCCCAAUAUUGCUCAGCUACUGGAUAUACUGGAAACUGAAAACAGCUACUACCUUGUCAUGGAACUGUGCCCUGGUGGCAACUUAAUGCACAAGAUCUAUGAGAAAAAAAGACUUGAGGAGCAUGAAGCACGCAAAUAUAUCCGGCAGCUUAUCCUGGCAGUUGAACAUCUUCACCGGGCAGGAGUAGUUCACAGAGACUUGAAGAUAGAAAAUCUGUUGCUAGAUGAAGACAACAAUAUCAAGCUUAUUGACUUUGGAUUGAGCAACUGUGCAGGCAUCUUGGGUUAUUCUGAUCCAUUCAGCACCCAGUGUGGGAGCCCAGCAUAUGCAGCCCCUGAACUUCUGGCAAGGAAAAAAUACGGGCCCAAAAUAGAUGUUUGGUCCAUUGGGGUAAACAUGUAUGCAAUGUUGACUGGAACAUUACCUUUUACCGUGGAGCCAUUCAGCCUGAGAGCUUUAUACCAGAAAAUGGUGGACAAAGAAAUGAACCCUUUUCCAACCCAACUCUCUACAGCCGCCAUAAACUUCCUACGAUCUCUACUAGAGCCAGACCCUGCAAAGAGACCCAACAUCCAGCAGGCGCUUGCAAAUCGAUGGCUUAAUGAGAAUUACCCUGGGAGAGCACCGCCUAAUGUCACAUAUCCAAACAGAAUUCACCUUGAGGACCUCAGCCAAAGUGUGCUGCUCCAUAUGACCGAGAAGCUCGGCUACAAGAACAGCGAUGUCAUCAACACUGUGCUCUCAAACAGGGCAAGUCACACACUUGCCAUCUACUUUCUACUUAAUAAGAAGCUGGAGCGCUACUUGGCAAGCCUUAGAAAGCCUGAAGGCCAGGACAAUAUUUGCCACAAGAACCAACUAUACCAGAUAGAAAAAUACAAGGCAAAUAAAGACUCCUAUGAGGACAAAAACCUCAAAGAACAAGACAGGAAAGGGGAGAUUCUUCACCGCCAGCUCCCAAAGAAAACUGAGAAAAAUCCAGUUGCAUAUAGACAGCCUUCUUCCUGUCUUAUCUCACAGAUACAGAACACCAAGGCUCUGCUGAAGGACCGGAAAAUCACCAAGGCUGGAAGUUCAGAGAAAGACUCUAGCGGUGGGGUAAGCCCUUUCCAUGAACCCUUGGCAACCAAGACGGGCUGCGUCACUUCCAGCUCCCUGGAGUACCUCGAAGUCCAGCAGCCGCCCCCCAGGACCCCUCGGCUCCUCAAGAGACAAGAAUCCCCACAGCAGGAGCCAGCCCGGAUCAGUGGCCGGGCAAAGGACUCUCCUCUCAUCCUGAAUAUCGUGCACUCCUUCGAGUCGGUUGACAGAGAGGACCAAAUAGACCAGGUUUCCCCCUCUCAUCAGUACAGGAUUUUAGGCUCGCCAAUGAAUUUUCCUUACAAAAGCUCAAGUGAAAGGACACUGUCCCCACUUUUUCAGCCAGGGAGUACGUCUCCUGUCCACCCCACCCAAGUCUCUUUCACAUAUGAAGAAAAAGCAUAUCCGGCAAAGGAAGAAGCAGUGUCCCCUACUCAGCUGGUUUCCAACAAUCCCUUGGGCAGCCCUAACUGUGUUAAAAGCCGAGGCAGAUUCCCCAUGAUGGGGAUUGGACAGAUGCUGCGGAAGAGGAACCAGACGAUGCAGUCAGCAAGUGACAAGCCGCUGGAAGCAAGGAUGCCUCAGCUGCAGCAGAUGAGCCCCACACAGAUUUCCUUCAACACAGCAGAUACUGUCAGUGGUCAGUGUUAGUCAGGCAUCCAGGGAUUUGCACUGCUGUCCUCUGGGACCUAACUUUUAACAAUAAGGGAAAGCCAGAGGCCUGUUACUGUUGCUAUGUAAUAUGCUUCAGUGGUCCAAUGUAGACAAUCAGAGGUCUGCUUGUAAGGAAGGUGUGGUCUUCUAUAUUAAAGUUGAAAGAAAAGGGCUCCGCUUGUGCAGUUAAGAAAUAUUGGCAUUUGGAAUCUGACUGUACAGUAAAACAUGCCUUGACAGAGCUACCUGAAUAUGUAUUUUUGCUGCUCUCAUCUAGUAUUGCAGUAAGGUUGAGUGGAAGAGCAGUGAGCAUGAACAGUGACUCAUCAAGGUAAGCUGUGUGGUGCCAUGAAUACCUAUCCCAUCCAGAAUCUGUGGUAAGACUGCUCGUGUUCCAUCUGCCUGUGCCGUGCAGUACACGGUACUGCUACAGACAUUGUUAAUGUAGCUAGGCAAGUAGAAAAACUCAAGAUACUGCAUCCAAUAACAAGCACUGCCAAGGAGUUGAAGUUGGUAGAAGCUUGAAUAAAGACACGAGUGAUCUAAACAUUCAAAAGUGGGAGUAUUGGAAGUCAAAGGAGAUUUUACUGUUAAUUACAUAAAGUAGCUAAUAACGCAAUCAUUUUUUUUUUUCCUAAAGAAAAUGAUGAUUUAAUGUCACUCAGAAGAAACAUGAUUAUUUUAAAACAAGUUUCAUCACAUGGAAAUUCACCGCGUUAGAGACCUGUUCCUUUAAUAUGAUGGGUCUGCAAGCAGAUACGUCAAACAGCAAUCCGAAUUGCAACAUGCUGUGUAACAAUCCAGUAACCUCCAAGUUUUGCAGCUAUACUAGUUCCAUGGCACACCUACAUGUAGGACUGUAUUAGUCCCUGUCACAGCAAGACAGCAUUGGACACCCCUGAAGGCUUUUCUGAGAGACUGCAGUGAAUUAAAAAAGACUAAUAAAGGACACAUGAAACCGUACCAAUGCUGUUUUAUACUGCACAAUUGGUAAUGCAGUGCUUACCAGAAGUUUGGUAUUAUUAUCAGUGGUGAAGAUUAGCUUUCUUAAAAGGCACCAUGUUCUGCAUAUUGGUCUCGUUUUUUUAAGUAAAUGAUACAUCUAAGAGGUUGGCAACAUUCUUUUGGUUCUGCUUUUGUCUUCAAACCAUUUCCAAAUCAGUAGGUUUAGCCAAAGACCGCUCUUUUCUUUUGUCUGUACCACACUUGCAUAUGAGUUUGUGUGUGCAGGACGUCUCAACAAAGCUUAUUCCAGUCUGAUUCCCAAGUGGGCAGUCCUGGCUUGCAUAAACCCUGCUACUGUCCUCCUACUUAAUGCAGAUUCGAAACCCAGGCAGCAGAGGUGCUGUCUUGGAAUUGUUGAAUGAUAGGGAUUUUGCGUUGCGAAUGUAGGUAGAGUCCUAGCCCCGUUUUCAUCAAAAAUUUUGCAAACAAUUUUGUGUCCCUGUUGGUUUGGUGUCUGUGCAAAUACUGAUGGUUGCCUCUGUUUGAGAAGCUUUCCUUCCAGUUUCAUGAGAAAAAUGGGCAGGGACUGGGGGAGGAUGGCUGGCAGAGGCAGGGAUGAAGAUCCCCAGCAGAGCCCCUAGCUGAGCACACGUUCCCAAUUCUCGGCAUAGAACAGGCCUUACACCAAAGUCUGCAAGGAAAAAAAAAAAGUGAACAGGAAUCCAAAUACUGACAGAGCAGAAAGCUGGACUGUUCGGUAUUUUGAAUGGUUACUGCAAAAGCAGCAGAGCGUGAAUGGCCAGAGCACCCUUCUCAUCCCUGCAGAUGGGACCUUCACCUCGGCUCUGAAACUGCCUGUCAUAGAAUCACCAGGUUGGAAAAGACCUCUUGGAUCAUGGAGUCCAACCUGUUCAGUACAGAGGAGUCUGUAUGCGUCUUGUACUCUUCAGUGUAGUUAGUGAGGACACUCACCUGUGUGGUAGUUAAACUACCUGUAAAAUAAUGUACAUUAAAAAAAAUCCCACUGUGAUAAGAAAGAUGGCCCUGAAAUCAUUUUACUAAUUUUCACAUUGAAAAAUGUCAUCUUCUGUUUGUACAGAGCACCUGGGGUCCAUUUUAGCUCUUCUUUUUGUUUAUAAACAUAAAAGCAUUUUCUUUUUCUUCAUGCUAAGAACACAUUAGUGCUGAAAAGCUAGUGAAUGGAGACCACUGAAAUCCCGUCUUUUGCAUGCAUUGAACUUCGGUACCUGAACAGAUGGGAGAUACUGACUUGAAUUACAAACUCAGGUUUAUUUGGAACCCAAUAAAAGGUUGGGAGAGGCAGGAAAGAGACAUGUAUUUUUUGUGGAAAACCCAGUAAAUAUGUGUAAGAAUCAGAAUGAAAACAGAAAUGUUAAAUCUUUUACUAUAUUUAUAGAGAAUAUAUGAGUACUAUACUGCUAAAACAUAACCAUGUAUCUAGCUUAGACAGUAGCUAUGUACAGUCAAACUGCAGUGACCAUAGAAAGGAUUUACAGUAGUGGAAAUUACAGGGGAAAAAAUGUAUUUGUUAUUAUUAUUAAAUAUAUGUACUUUUUGAACAAGAUUGCUAUGGACUGCUGAC